CCAAGAUGGCGGCUUCGGUACAAGUUUUAUGCCCAAAUGGGCACCGACAAACUGUCAAAGUUACCCCCAAUACAAAGAUCUUGCAGAUUUUGGAGGAAGUGUGUAUGAAGAAAGGAUUUAUGCCACCAGAAGACUAUGAAUUGCGUCAUGGAAGAACAAUACUCGAUGUCACUUUGUCAAUUCGGUUUGCAAACCUGGUCAGCAAUGCAAAGCUUGAGUUGGUCAAGAGUCAGAAGUCACGUGUUGAAACUACUGUGGUUAUCGCCCUGCAGUUGGCAGCUGGUACAAGAUUACAGAAUGCAUUCAGUCCAGGGAUUACUUUGUGGGAUAUUCUCAUGCACUGGGAAAACCAGUCUGGCAGUGAACAUCAAGGCAAACUUGCUGUAACCAAUGGUGAUGAGCAUCCAGUGUGUAUUUAUAUGAGAGAUGAGGUUAUUGGAGAAGAGGCAUUGAAGGCUACCACGCUGAGGGUGCUUGGUCUGACUGGUGGAAAAGCAAUAUUACGGUUGCUUCAUCGAAAAGUUGAAGCGGAAACACUCCAAGAAAUCACACGACAACUAGCUGCUGAUAAAGCUAAGCAAGAAAGAUUAGUCGCAAGAAGUGUAUCGUUGGAGGCCAUGAGUACUGAGACGUCUGCUGCCUCCUUAAAAUGUACUACAGUGCCAGAAGAAAGUGAGAGUUCAAGUUCUAAUCAGGCGGCAAAAGGUGCCACUGAACUCACCACUGAUACAUCUCCAAUGGAUACAGAAUCUGUCUCCCCUGCAAGAAAGCUGCCGAAGUUGGAGCCUGCAUCGAUUAUGCCAAAGCUGGAACCUGAAGAACCUAUGGAGGAGGAACCCAUGGAGGAGGAAGAGGGGACUUCUUCUGCUCCCCAAUCUAAUUCUCAGAGGAGUGAGAUAUCAGAGGCAAAUAGAUAUCUAGAUGAACUGUCAAGUAUUCCAGGGGUGCAGGUCUUCCGACCGGGUGAGCCUGUUCAACUCUCGGCUGAACAACAGAGGAUGGUAAAUUCUUUAGCACAUGCAAUCCAACCUCACAUAAUCCAGCCUGCAAGACCUCAGAAUGGACAAUCGGCAAAAUCCAGAUGUCCUCAACAGCCACCAGUUCCUUUUAAGUUUCCCAAAACAACCAAGAGCCAAGAUCUUUACCGCAAUGAGCCAAGUGCUGCCAUUGCUAAUAAAGAAGACUAUGCGCCUUGUGAUAGAGAAACUGUUGUUUACAGUCAUGACGAAUCAGUCCAGCACGAUCCUGAAUAUGAUGCUGAACUGUCGGAUGACUUCUUUGAAGUGACCGUCAAGGAUCUAAAAAGAAUGAUGGCUGACAGAUCCAAGGCAUUGGAAUCCUUUGAUGAACAACCCUUGAUGACGAGAGCUAUGCGACAAUCUGCAAUGGAAGAGAAAUUUUCAAAAUACAAGAGAGUUGUGAUUCGGGUACAGUUCCCCGAUAAGAUGGUGCUACAAGGUUUAUUUCGACCAAAAGAAACAGUGUAUACUGUUGAAAAGUUUGUGAAGGAAUAUCUGGAAGAUAAGAGCACACCUUUUUAUCUCUAUACGGCCCCACCAAAGUGUGUUCUCAAAGACAACAGCAGUACGCUGAUAGAGGCUAAGCUAGCUCCAGCGUCAGUGGUUUAUUUUGGUACAGUCUCAAAGAAGGAUGGAAAAUAUUUGUCGACUGCCAUUACUGAGGAGUGUUCAACAAGAUAUGAUGCGGAUAACGUUGUCCUGAAGAGCAUGUUAAGCAACAGUUCUGGUGAUCAGGGGCACUCUUACCACAAAACAAAAUCUGAACUACCCCUUGAUCUGUCUUGCGACAAUGAAGCUACUGCAGAUGAUUCGGACGUAUUCGAUUUCAAAGAUGAGGAGGAGAGCAAUACUAAAGCCAAAAAUGAUCAACAAAAGAGUAACAUUUCCUGUGAAGUCUGUGGAAAGACAUUUUCUCGGAAGGACAAUUUACGACGCCAUGAACGGGUUCAUAGUGGAAAACUGUAUCAGUGUGAUGAAUGUAACAAGGUGUAUUACGACAAACAUUAUCUGGAGGCGCAUAAAAGAAGAGCCCAUUAUGGCAUCGUUCAUUCAUGCACUUUGUGUGACAAGCAGUACAAAAUGAAAGAAGCGCUGAAGAAGCACUUGGAAUCUCAUGACGGGAAGUUCAGGUUCAAGUGUGAUGAAUGUGACCAAGGUUUCUCAUAUCGGACCAAUUAUGAUGCUCACAUGGACCGCCACAAGGGGAUCAAACGCCACAAAUGCAGAAAUUGUGGGAAAGGGUUUACACUUAGUUCCGAUAAGGACAGACAUUUUAUGAUAUGUGCAAGCCUGACUACUGAGCCCUGCAGUGUCUGUGGAAAGACCUUCAAAAACCCAAGAUACUUGAAAGAGCAUGAGAAGAUCCACAAGGAUCCAGCAGCUUUCAAGUGUCAGUUCUGUGGCAAACUUCAUAAUUUUGCUGCAUCUCUGCGUAAACAUAUCACCACGAAACACAAGUUUCAAACAUUAGAAACUGUUGGUCUAACUGAUGACAAAGCAGAGCUGUUUUCUGCAGUUUGAGCAAUGUUUGUUGUUGAUGUAUCAUACGGAAUUAUGACAAAUGUAUUUUGAUGUAGUGGAUGAAAUGCUGUCAAUCAAUGACUGCUUUUCUACAAUACAAAACACAAAUAUACGUAUGUGGAAUACAUGGCAAGGACAACACAACAUAAAGUAUUAGGGUGGUGAAUUGUUUAUGCAAGGCAAAGAAUGUAACUUUGGGAGUUGUACUUGUAGCCAAUUUCUCAACGUUUUUUGUCUGUUGAUGGCCAUGUUUAUGCUCAUUCUGUAAUGUUCACAUCAUAAAGAGGAUGGUAGUAUCAUUUGUGGAGGUCAAAUAAAGGAAAGGUGUGAAAAAAUCA